AUGUCCCCGAACACUUGGAUAAUCGAAAUGCCCGGGCAAAAAACGCGAUCACAUCCGUAUCCGCGGAGAAUCUCGCCCUACAGAACGGCGUCCCUGAACAGGGAUGCCUUCACCAGGGAUGGCACGGCAGUGGCAGCAGCUGUCCCGCCCAAGAACCAUGAUCAUCCCGUGUUCGAGGAGAUUCGCACUAUACUAUCCGUGCUGAAGGCCAGUGGCUUGAUGCCCAUAUACGAACAGGUGUCCAACUACGAGGUGGGACCUCCGACCAAGACCAACGAGUUCUACUCCUUCUUUGUGAGAGGCGUCGUCCACGCCCUGACCAUCUUCAAUGUCUAUAGUUUAUUCACACCGAUAUCGGCGCAGCUGUUCUUCUCCUACCGGGAGACCGACAAUGUGAACCAGUGGAUCGAGCUGCUGCUCUGCAUCCUGACCUACACCCUGACGGUUUUCGUGUGCGCCCGGAAUACCAAGAGCAUGCUGAGGAUCAUGAACGAAAUCCUCCAGCUGGACGAGGAGGUGCGUCGCCAGUUUGGCGCCAAUUUGAACCAAGACCUUGGCUUCUCGGUGAAGUUUUUGGUGGGCAUAGCCGCCUGCCAGACUUACAUCAUUGUGCUGAAAAUAUAUGCCGUCCAGGGCGAGAUCACGCCCACCUCCUAUAUACUGCUGGCCUUCUAUGCCAUCCAGAACGGGCUAACGGCCACGUAUAUAGUAUUUGCUUCGGCGCUGCUCAGAAUUGUGUAUAUCCGGUUCCAUUUCAUUAAUGAACUACUGAUCAGAUACACCUAUGGGCAGCAGCGCAAGGCCAAAGGAGGCGGAGGGAGGCGACAGCGUGGAAAUAUUAAUGGUGGCCCCCACGCCGCCCUUAUGGAGCAUUUCCCCGAGGAUUCCCUCUUCAUAUACCGCAUGCACAACAAACUGCUGCGUAUCUACAAGGGCAUCAACGAUUGCUGCAACCUGAUUCUGGUCUCCUUCCUGGGGUACUCCUUCUACACGGUCACCACCAACUGCUACAACCUCUUUGUCCAGAUCACCGCCAAGGGCAUGGUGUCGUCCAACAUUCUGCAGUGGUGCUUCGCCUGGCUCUGCCUCCACUUCUCCCUCUUGGCCCUGUUGUCCCGCAGCUGUGGCAUUACCACCAAGGAGGCCAACGCAACGUCCCAAAUACUGGCGCGGGUGUAUGCCAAGUGCAAGGAGUAUCAGAACAUCAUUGAUAAAUUCCUAACCAAGAGCAUAAAGCAGGAGGUGCAGUUCACGGCCUAUGGAUUCUUUGCCAUAGACAACUCCACGCUUUUUAAGAUAUUCUCAGCAGUCACCACUUAUCUGGUCAUCUUGAUCCAGUUCAAGCAGCUCGAGGACUCGAAAACUGAUGACCCCGUACCAGAGCAGACCUAAAUGUGUCCCCUUAAUCGUUUCACAAAUAUGUACUUAUCGUUUUUCGAUGUUGUUCUCUUGUUUAUUAGCACUUCAGGUAUUACAUCAACUUUGUUAAAUUCGAAUACGGCAGUCGAAGACAUUAAAAGUUCUUGCUUGGGCAACUUAAAA